ACCAAUUGUUAGGUUUAAGUGAUUCGAUAAAGAUGGCCAAAGUAUUGGUAAUUCUAUGCUUAGUAGUUUUAAUUCAAAUAAUAACUGGCGAAAGUGAAAAAUGUAAUAAAAACUGCUGUUUUCCUGAAGUAUUUACAGCUUAUAUUGGAUCUUAUAGCGGACAACCUUCAGAACCUAUUCCAGGAAUAUCCGAUACUGAGCAGGUUUUAUCAUUUGAUUAUCCGAAUAGAAGGUGGGCUUUCAGAUUUAGAAGAAUCCAGGAAACAGGUGAAUAUGAAGAAUUGUUGUGGGUCGAAAAUUUUAAGAAUAGGAAGAGAUACGUCGUAAGAAAUCAUAAAUGCCACUUUCAAGCUCUAUCUUCCGCAAUGCGAUUGCCUUGUAUACCAAAUGAUGCUGACAUCCUUUAUAAAGACUAUAUUGGAAGUCCUCUUAUGGGAAUACAAACUGAAACCUACAAUUACACCUACAAAGAUUGGAAUUUCAUAACGACAGUUGAUCCAACGACUUGUGUACCAUUAAGCGAAUUCUCAACUUAUAGAUAUAAUCAAUAUAGUUGGAGUAGAGCAACGUUGGACUAUCUAGAUCAAGAGGCAGAUCAAGUACUAGAAGAAUUAUUCGAUAUCGAUAGAUUCUCUUGCUAUCCCAAAGAAGCUUUACCAUCUAACAACGAAGAAUUCUGGUUUCUUGGCGGUCCAGAAACGAAGCAUUUCUCCUUUAUGUUUUCCAAGUAAUACUAUAGUUCUUAUAUCGUACUAUCGUAAUUGUCAUAAUUUAAACGAAAUAACUAGUCUAUGUAAAAUAUUACUUAUUAGACUAUGCUAAAUUUUCCCUUACUUGUUCCACGUGUAUCAAAUCAAUAAUAAGGCCUAUCGAGAUCUUUUAUCUCUGAAUAUGCAAAUUUUAAUAUCUCGUCAAUUUUCAAAUAUAAAUACACACUCCUUUUAUUUUCAGAG